CAUAUGACAUGUAUAAACAAAUGCAAAUUUGUAUUUUUUAAUGAUAUAGUGAUGUCAUAAAAUGAAGUGAAUAUUUUGAUACAAUUGUUCAGUGUGUUGUUUUUACUUUUAUGGUGGUAUAUAAACUUUUAUAAUCACAAAUUUGACAUAAUCUAAUAAACUAUGCUUUCAGUCAGAAUAUUAACAAUAGAUAGUUAUCAAACAAAUCCUAUUCCUGAUUUGGAUCCAACAUUUUCCGAAUUUCGAGGAAAUGAAAUAAAACGUGUACCUGUCAUUAGAAUAUUUGGCCCAACUUCAACAGGAGAAAAAACAUGUUUGCAUAUACAUGGUGUAUUCCCAUAUAUGUAUGUACCAUGUACCAUAAAAGAAAAUAUAAACAGUUUUAUGCAUCGGUUGAGUUCAUCGAUAGACAAUGCCAUUAACGUAUCAUCAGGAAAAUCAGCAUGUAGAACUCAACAUGUUUACAAAAUACAAUUAGUUCGUGGAAUUCCCAUUUAUGGAUAUCAUGAAAGGGAACAUCUUUUCUUUAAAAUUUAUUUUUAUACUCCGUCUAUUAUAAAAAAAGUAGCUGAUUUGUUACAAAAUGGUUCAAUAAGCAAUUUGAAAUUACAACCACAUGAAGCACAUAUUCCAUUUAUUUUACAAUUUAUGAUGGAUUAUAAUUUGUACGGUAUGAAUUUUAUAAAUAUCAAAAAAAUGAAACAUCGUUGGCAUACGCUUUCAACCACUAAAGAAGAAACAAAUCAAAUGAACAAUAUAGAAUCCUAUGAUUCGCAAAAAUAUCUUCCAAUGUCUGUUGAUCGUCAAACUAUAUGUGCCUUAGAAGUAGAUGCGCAAGCCAAUGAUAUAUUAAAUCGAAGAGCAAUUGAUAAAGUUAUAGAAUUAAAUCCUGGUCUUGCUGAAAUUUGGAAACAGGAAAAAACAAGAAGAUUACAAGCUGGUUUAGAAGAUGUUAAUUCACAAUUAUUGUAUCCUAAAAGUCCUGAAAAACGAAUCGUAGUACCAACAGUUAAUGAUAAUAAUCAAGAACAACGAAUUCUUCAAAAACUUCAAGAUAUUUUACAGGAACGUGAAAAUACAACUUUAUCAGACUCAACUGUAGAAAUUUCUUAUCCAUUGCAAGCACAGGAGGAUGACAAUUCAUUAAAUGCUUCGUGUGUUGUAAAUCAUAUUACACCAUUUUCAUCACAAAAAAUAAAUGAAAAGGAACAAAUAAAGUCAGAUAAUUUGAAGGAUUUAUCUUCAUAUUUUUUAUUAGAAUCUCUUUCAACCGAAAACAACUCUCACAAUACAAGUUCUUUAAAUGAAGAUGAUAUGAAUUUAGUGGAAAUGUUAGCUGAUUUAUCAGAAAGCGAUGAUGUAAAAAGAAUUGUAGAUGAUGAUAGUAUAUUAGGAUCUCAAUAUUCAGAACAGGAUAAUAAAGUAUUAUAUGAUUGUGAAGAAGAUGAAAGUGAACAGCUAAAUUUAACAAAUUUGGACCUGACUAUACUUAGUCAAAAUCAACCAGAUAAUACAAUAGAAAAAUUACAAAAAUCAAAUGAAGAAAAUAUGCAAACAGAUCGUGAUAAUAAUUUAAGUAAAUUCAAUUUUCCCCAAUUUGAUGGUGCCAAUGAUUUUGUAGCAGGUCCAAAAUCUAAAAAGAAAAGAAAAACAAAUACACAAUCCAAUAAAAUUGGUAGUUCAUCACAAAAAUGUAAGAAAAAGAAAACAGAAAAUGCGGAACAGUCAUGUGUCGAUGAACCAAAUCUUGAAAUUGCAUCAUCUUCAACACUUUCUAAUAAAAAUCAUCCAAUUUCUACUACAAUAGAUCCAGAUAUAAUAAUUUUGGAUGAAAUAGAAACACGUAGUUGUACUUAUGAUCGUCAUAAAUCAUCUAUUAAACAAAGUGUAAUUGAUAUUGAACAGGAAGAAAAAACAGAUGAUCUUAAAACUCAUAAAUGUGAUAGGCUUACAAAAUCUAAAAGUAUGGAUGAUGAAGAUUUACAAAAAAAAAUGCACAAGUCAAAGAUUAAUAAGCAAGGACUAUUAAAAAAAAGUCCAAAUUCGCCAAGAAAUUAUUCACCAUUGAAUGUUAUUAUUAGUUCUCCAAAAACAUUACGAUCCAGCAAUAAAAAUGUAAUAAAUUCCAAUAUUCCAAAACAAGAUUGUAAAAUACUUCCUAGGAAAUUGGUAUUCUCUGAAUCAGAUGAUCUAAAAUGUAAUAUAACUAAACCUAACGUAUCUCAAUGUAAUCUAGAUAGGAAAAGUUUAUCUACAGAUGAUCAACCAAAGAAAUCAGAUAUUACAUAUAAAAAUGACAAAACAACUUAUUCUAAUUUUCCUAAUGAUAUAUCAUUUCAAAUUAACGAAUUAAAUGUUUCUGAAGGAGAUACAGAAGAAAAUAUACACAACGUAACAUUUACACAAUAUAUUGAAGAAAAAAUGAAAAAUGAAACUCAAAUUUUUCAAUCCAGUUAUACAGUAAGCAAGGACAAUCAAACAAAAAGAGUUCCAAUAACAAUUAUAACGAAGUUUAAUCCACCUUCGCGAGAACGUAUAUUACAAAGUUUGGUAACAUGUGAUAUUUCAAAGAGGACUCGAACAGAACCAUUUUUUAGUAAUAAGCUUGAUUUAAUGAAACAAAAAGAAAUGUCAUCUAACGCUUUCAAUAUACCAGUGAUUAAAUCAUUCAAUUCCAGUUUAGAGGGAAUUACGGGAAUUAAAUUAUGGCGACGAAUGAAAGUAAAUGAAUUUUAUCCUGCUGGAUCAAACAUAAAGUCAAAUCAUAUGAAAAAAGUUCUCGCGGGUUAUAAUUUAUUGACGAUAAGAACUCUUAUGGAGCCUCCUCAACUAAAAUCUGUUAAAUCAUGGUUGAAAUCGAAAAAUUGUCCUCCUAUAAACAAUCAACUAAUUGACAACAAUAAUACUUCUACAAAUGGGCAAUCUCCUUCUUCUAGUAAUUCUAAUUCAUUAAAGAAGAACACAUUAGAAAAUACAUUUAAUGAUACAUUUAAACACAAGGAUAAAAGAGAAUCACAAUAUCUAGGAAUCUCUCAUGGACAGAUAGAAUAUUCUCUACAUGAAAAAAUCGGCAAUGCUUCAAAUGAAAAUCUUCAAAAUUCUAGGAUUUUAGCUAUGCAUCAAUAUAUAACAUUACUUUCUGUGGAAGUACAUAUUCCUACACGUGAAGAUUUUCUUCCUAAUCCCCAAUAUGACCCAAUAGAAGCAAUUUUUUAUGCUAUUCACAAUGAUAUUCCAAUAUCUUCUGAUGUCAAGCAAAUGGAGUAUGGAACAAUUAUUAUCCGUUCAUCUGAUGAACAACCAAUAAAUUUCAUUAAUUCUCACAUCCCUCUUAUUCCAACAUCAAUACAAUAUGUGGAAAAUGAGGUAGAAUUAUUAAAUCAUUUAGUAACAUUAAUUCGUCGUUGUGAUCCUGAUAUCUUAAUUGGUUGGGAAGUGGAAGUUUCAUCUUGGGGUUACAUUUUUCAAAGAGCCUCACAUUUAGGCUUUAAACCAUUUCCUUUAUACAUUUCAAGAACUCCAAAUAUUUCGUCUAAUUAUGGUUUUCAAAUGUUCUCCGAAGAUUCAGAAAUAAAAGUACCAGGCCGUAUAUUUCUUAAUAUUUGGAGGAUAAUGAGACAUGAAGUAGCAUUAUCAAGUUAUACAUUUGAAAGUAUUAUGUAUAAUGUGAUGAAGGAAAGAGUUUCAUGUCAUAACUAUAAGACAUUAACCAACUGGUGGAAAAGUUCAAAUAUUGCAAUGAAGAGUAGAGUAAUUGAUUAUUAUGUUAUUAGAGUUUCAGGAAAUUUAAGAAUUCUUUCUCAAUUGGAUAUUAUUGGUAGAACGAGUGAACAUGCACGACUUUUCGGAAUACAAUUUUAUGAAGUAUUCUCACGAGGUUCUCAAUUUCGCGUUGAAUCGAUGAUGUUGAGACUUGCAAAACCAUUAAAUUUUAUUCCAGUAUCACCUUCUAUACAACAAAGAGCUAAAAUGCGUGCACCAGCAGCAUUACCAUUGAUUAUGGAACCAGAAUCUAAAUUUUAUACAGAUCCACUUGUAGUUCUUGACUUUCAAAGUUUAUAUCCAAGCAUUAUAAUUGCUUAUAAUUAUUGCUUUUCAACUUGUUUAGGUCGUGUUGAACACUUAGGACAGUCUAUACCAUUUGUAUUUGGCGCAACGACAUUAAAAAUCAAUAAAAAUACUCUUUUAAAGUUGCAAGGAAAAAUGAAUUUUGCGCCAAAUGGUGUAGCCUUUGUUAAAUCUGAAGUACGUAAAGGUGUAUUACCAAGAAUGCUUGCAGAAAUAUUAAAUACUCGUAUAAUGGUAAAGAAUUCAAUGAAACUUCAUUCGUCCGAUAAUCAUAAUCUUCAGCGUAUGCUUCAUUCGCAACAAUUGGGUUUAAAGUUAAUAGCAAAUGUUACUUAUGGUUAUACAUCUGCCAAUUUUAGUGGCAGAAUGCCAUGCAUUGAGAUAGGUGACAGUGUUGUUAGUAAAGGAAGGGAGACACUGGAACGUGCUAUAAAAAUAGUGGAGUCUACACCUAAAUGGGGCGCCAAAGUUGUUUAUGGAGAUACAGAUUCUUUAUUUAUUCUUUUACCUGGAAAAUCACGACAAGAAGCAUUCAAAAUUGGUGCUGACAUGGCGGACACUAUUACAGCUGCCAAUCCACCUCCUAUAAAACUAAAAUUUGAAAAAAUUCUUCAACCAUCUAUUUUACAGACAAAGAAACGUUAUUGUGGAUAUAUGUACGAAACUUCCGAUCAAAAAAUUCCUGAAUAUUUGGCAAAAGGUAUUGAAACUGUACGUAGAGAUGGAUGUUUUGCUGUUUCAAAGAUCCUUGAAAAGUCAUUGAAAAUAUUAUUUGAUACUUCAGACAUCUCUUUAAUAAAAAAAUACCUUAUUAGACAAUUCAAUAAAAUUUUAUGCAGGCGAGUCUCAAUAGAGGAUUUAACAUUUGCCAAGGAAUUUCGUGGUUUAGAUGGUUAUAAAACUAAUGCUGUUGUUCCAGCAUUAGAAUUAACACGCAGAUUAAUGCGUAAAGAUCCUCGAGCAAUACCUCUUACCGGUGAACGUGUGCGUUAUGUUAUUACUGCUGGUGCACCAAAUCAAGCAUUAAUUCAUUGUGUUCGUACACCAUGGGAAGUAAUGUGCGAUCCUGGUUUAUAUCCAAACUCUAUUUAUUAUAUAACCAAAGUUAUUAUACCACCUAUAAAUCGGUGUUUCAAUUUAUUUGGCAUCGAUGUUAAUAACUGGUAUCAAGAAAUGUCUCAUCGACAAUCAUUCGAUAAAUUAGAUUAUUUAAAUACAAAAAAUCAAAAAUCUACUAUUUGUCAAUUUUUUAAUACAACUGAAUGUAACAUUUGCGGAGAACAGUCCACUAAUGAAAUUUGUUCAGAAUGUAUGGCACAACCUGAUAAAACAAUCCUUACAAUUUAUGAAAAAAUAAGAUGGUUUGAACGUACGUACCAGCAAUUUAAUGAAAUAUGUUACUCUUGCGUAGGACGACGAGAUUAUCCCGAUUGUACUUCUUUAGAUUGUCCAGUAUUAUAUCGUAUGCACGAAGCUCGCAAAAAUCUUGCACAAGUAUCUUAUCUGAAUAAUUUAAUAAACAAUGGUAUUAAUAAUGUUAAUAUACGUGAUAAAAACGUACCUUCUUCGUAAUAAACUUUUGUUUUUUACUGGUUUUCCUGAUGAUGAUAUUUUACUCGUAAGAAUUGUGUGGAUUAUUUGGAUUUUUUUUGGAAAGUAUAAAUAUGUUAAAAUAAAAGAUGCAGCUGUGUUUUUUGCUAUCUUAUGUUUAUUCUCUUAUUUUUUUUUUUUUAUUUUUUUUUUAUUUUUUUUUUUUUUUAUCAUAAUACUGUAUAACAUACAAGAAAUGCACAUUAAUGAAACCUACAGAAGAGAAUCUGAAUAUACAUAACAUUUGUUACCAAUUUUUAAUUCUCAUGCACUUUUGUUGACCUACCAUAUUUUGUAUUUUUUUUUUUUAAUUUUUUAAUUUUUUUUUUUUUAUAUAUACCAACUCAAGGAGAAUGAUAAUUUCUAUUGAAUACUUUUUAGAUAUAAUAAGAAUAUAUGUGAAUAUAUACAUUUGAAUUUAUUUUCAAUAAAUUUUCUUUUUCUUUUUUUUCUGGGAAUUUUGAAGAUCACUUAUCUACAAAGAAUUCAAUUACAACAGUUUCUCUUGCCAUUACAUAAAACUCGUAAGAUACAUAAUAACUAAAUGAUAAUGAUAAUAAUUUGAUAAACAUGAUAAUAAUAACUAUCUUAAUUUAUAAUCAAAUGAAAUAAAUAAACAGUUUUCAUAAUUGUGUAGUUUCAUUAUAAGUACUGAUGGUAAUGCCGAAAUUUAAAAAUGAUUUUUUUUACAAUCAAACUCUCACAUUUCUUUUUAUCUUUUUUUUUCCCCCUUUUAUUUUUAUUUUUAUGAAACAUUUUCAUUUCCUUUGUCGUAGAACAUUAUCAAAUAUAAAGAAAUGUAUUAUCAUCUCUGAUAGUUUUUCUAUGGCAAUGUUAAUAAUUAUAAAUGAAUAAAUAUAUUGAAUUUUUUAUUUUUUUUUUUUUUAAAUAUUACAUUUUUUCUUGAUUAAUCUAAAACACAACAUAGCAUGCAUUAUUAAUAAUUUUAUUCGAAGUAACAGGAUGAUUAUGAAAAAAAUUAAUUAACGAACUUGUGUUUUAUAAUAUUGAGCGAACUAUCCUUUCAAAGUUUAUUGCGAACAAUAAUAAUAAUAAUAAUUAUUAUUAUUAUUAUUAAAAAGCACCUUCCGGCUUAGAAAAAAAAAAAAA